AUGGCCAUGAGUGAAGUCAGAUGGACAGGAACAGGGAAAGAGAGACUGAACUCAGAGGAAGUUAUUAUAUGCAUAGAUCUGCUUAAACUGAGAAAGGCCAAAAUCGGUUCCAGAAAAAACAAGCAAUUUGAUGUCAGCAAGCUCAAGGACCCAGGCAUUAGAGAAGAGUUUAACAUUACUCUCAGGAAUCAUUACAGCAAACUGCAGGACGAGACAGCUAUCACUAUCGAUCAAUUCCACCAAUUCAUAAAGGAUGCCGCUGCAGAAGUCAUAGGCUACAAGAAAUAUGCUAAAUCGGAAUGGUUAUCCAAAGACACAUGGACUACCAUUGAAGAGAGAAAACAACUAAAGAAGAAGCUCUUAGAUGCAAAGUCACCCAUAUUGAAAGAAAGGGCAGCUGUCUUGUAUAGAAAGAAAGAUAGGGAAGUGAAGACGUCAGCAAGGAAAGAUAGGCGCCACUAUACAGAGCAACUCGCUAAGGACGCACAGGAAGCCGCUGAGAGAAAAGACAUGAAAACCGUCUAUCAGAUCAGAAAGAAACUAAGAGGUGAUCACGGUCCCAACCAAGACCUUCCUGUAAAAGCAGAGGAUGGUUCAGCAAUAACAGAGGAAUUGGCAAAACUAGAGAGCUGGAGAGAACAUUUGGAGAAUAUUCUGAACCGACCAGAUUCACCGAUACUCCCUGAUAUAGAUGAGGCAGAGACAGACCCUGAGAUAGAAACUGGCUGCAUUACAGUGAAUGAGCGUAUCAUCCAAGAUAUAUGGGACAAAGAAGAUAUCCCAGAUGACUGGAAGAAAGGAGUGAUAAUCAAGCUGCCCAAGAAAGGUGACCUUGGAGACUGCAUUAACUGGCGUGGGAUUACACUUCUCUAUCUCACCAGCAAGGUCUUUAGCCAAACUAUACUACAACGCAUCACAGCUGCUGUAGAUGACAUACUUCGACAGGAGCAGGCCGGUUUCAGAAAAUGGAAAUCUUGUGUUGACCACAUUUUUUCCUACGACAGAUACUGGAACAGUCGUUCAAAGAGUUUGUAG